AUGAGCACUGGUGUCACAGGAGGUCGAUUUGAUUUUGAUGACGGAGGAACCUACUGUGGAGGAUGGGAAGAUGGUAAAGCUCAUGGACAUGGAGUAUGCACAGGACCCAAAGGACAAGGAGAAUAUAGUGGAGCAUGGCAAUUUGGUUAUGAAAUAUCCGGUAUCUAUCUAUGGCCCGCCGGAAAUUGUUAUGAAGGACAAUGGAUGAGUGGAAAACGACAUGGACCUGGUGCAGAAAAGAAAGGUCGAUGGAUUUAUAAAGGAGAAUGGACUCAAGGUUUCAAAGGCAGAUAUGGGAUUCGUGUGUCGGAUAUUUCUGGUGCUAAAUACGAAGGUACAUGGGCAAACGGUUUACAGGAUGGAUACGGUGUAGAAAGUUAUGCCGAUGGGGGAACAUAUCAUGGUCAAAUAACUCAAGGAUUAAGAAAUGGUUGGGGUAUUCGACGUAGCGUACCUUACGGUACCGCAUCUCGUUAUCGUUCGAAAGAUGUUCGUGAUUCACUGAUAUCGUUGCGUAGUGAAGAAGACGAUGAACGUAUACAACGAGAAAGAGAUAAACGUUUCGAUGAGAAUCGUGGAGGUUUUGUAUUACGUGCAAAAUCAGACUCAUCUGAUCGUACAAGUGCAAACCGUCGUGGUUCGUUGUCAAAUAGUGUUGAACGUCGUAGUAGUCUAAGAAAAAUUUUAUUAUCGAAAUUACGUAAACAAAAGUCGACAAGUGAUAUUGAAGAAUUAUCAACAACGAAAAAGACCAGUUCAUUUCGUAGUACAGCCAGUACAACGAGUGGUGAUUCAAAACAUUCGGUUAAAACUGCUCCAAUAACAACUACAAACGACGAUGGUGAUCAUAGUUUUAUUUCACAAGAAGAUAUUUUAGACAUUAAUGUUAUCGAAACGUAUAUGGGAGAAUGGAAAGCGGAUAAACGAACAGGAUUCGGUAUAGCUGAAAGAUCGGACGGUUUAAAAUAUGAAGGUGAAUGGUUUAAUAAUAAAAAAAAUGGUUACGGUAUAACAACGUUUCGUGACGGAACAAAAGAAGAAGGAAAAUAUAAAAAUAACAUAUUAAUUGCCGAUAAACGAAAACCUAGUAAAUUAUUUAUAUUACGAUCGUCGAAACUCCGAGAUAAAAUCGAUCAGGCGACGAAUAAUGCAGUAAAAGCAGCACAAAAUGCUCAACAAAAAGCAGAAAUUGCUAUGUCGAGGGCUAACAAUGCCAGAGCUAAGGCUCAUUCGGCCGAAAUAUAUGCAAAGCAAGCCCGAGUCGACAGUGAUAUUGCAAGAGUAUGCGCCAGAAAUGUAGCACCAGAUUUUCGCCAGCCAGGUGAAGAAAAAAGGCCAGCAUAUAUUCCACUUGAAAUUGACCAGCAUCCACAGAAUGGAAAAUUCCAGAUGGUUGGCAAUCAUGUAGGCGGUAGAAGUAAUGGUGCAAUCAUUAAUGAUUCAUUAUUGCCAUCCACUCGUAUUACACCUCAACCAUACGUCGAUCAUCGUUAUCGAAAUAUGCUCAAUAAUCCCCAUGGAAUAUCAUCGCUCAGUCCGGGAAACACUUUAAGUGAACGUGAGCCAAACUACCAAACAUAUCCAAUAAAUCCUCAAGGAUCAUAUCAAUCACCAAUGUUACCAAAUAAUUCACAUCAACAUCAACAAAACUAUUAUAGAGACUCACAUUUAUCGCCCAUGACUAUGUCUCCCACAAUGUAUGAUGAUAAUCCAGAUCAACAGUCAGGAUCUUCCGCAUCAAAACGUUAUUCUGCUUUACAACCAUCAUUGGGCGAUCAUAGUUCUACGCCAGGUAAUUUAAGUUUUGAAGAUGAUCAUGCAUCCCAAUCAACUACAAAUCCGUCACAUUUUGGUUCUUCUCGAACACUUCCUCAUUACUCGGACACUGCUGACUCGAGUGUAUUUAAUAGAGUAGGACAAAAACGUGUAACAUUAAAACGAAGUACGCGAGUUGAAGCUAGUACAGAAGAUAUGCUCAAUCCAAAUUCAUUAUCUAAUAAUGAUUUUCGAUCUCGAGGUCAAACACCACCAAUAUCGGCGUCGCCAUCUGUCUAUAAUCCAAAUUCACAACAACAACAACUCCAUCGCCAGGCGUAUCCACAACAACGCAAUCAGCAGCAACCACAGCUUCCAUCACAAAUGAUGAUGAAUUCACCAUCAUUCCCUCUGACACCGUCUGCCACUGUUUAUUUACCCGGAGGAGGAGGAAAUGUACGUGGUGUACAUUCGAGACACCAUGGAGGUCGUUCAAAUCAUGGUGCUACUGAUUUUCAAAAUCCUAGUUUUCACGAUAGUGGUACAAGUAGUGGCGGUGCCAGUUUUGAUCCUGAAUUAACAAUGCAUUUUAAUAAAACGGGUAUCCUAACAAUGUCCGAUAUAAAUACGAAUUCUUCUUCAAUUGGUGCUACAUACUUAACUAAUAAUAAUAAUAAUAACAAUAAUAAUAAUAAUAAUAAUAAUAAUAAUAAUAAUAAUAAUAAUAAUAAUAAUCUGAAUCGAGCUUUAUCUCCUCAACCUUCUCCAAUACCAGAAACAGCGACGGUUUCUCGUAGAAAGUCGUUACCUAGUAUUGUAAAAAGUCCCGGCUAUAAAAAUAAUGAAACAGCACGAAGCAGUGACAAUUUAAAAAAUAAAGAAACAUUUAUUAUAGAAAACGGUAUUCGAAAACGUGUUACUGAACAACCGCGACAACUAACGGAUAGUGGUAAUCCGGUUCCAAUGACGAAUAUACUAACAAGUAGUGGAUCACCGUCAUUACCGAGGAAAGUUAUUCUCGAAAGUAUGACAGAUAUUGAUCAAACAUCCACAAAUAAACGAGUUAGCAUGCCCACGCUAGCUGUUGAAUUUUCGAAGAAGAAGCCUGGCAUGACAAGAGAAGAAGUUUCCCAACUUAGUUCACAUCGACGUGAAGAACUACGUCGUGAACGUGAAAGAAAUGCAAGCAGUCUCGGUCGUCUUAAAGCAAUCUUACAGACUGAUUGUGUCUCCGAUUCCGUGCAUGUAUCCUUUAUUCCUACACAAGAAGCAUCCAUUCAGUCAGAUUUUGGUGAAUCUAUUAUAGAUAGUAUUCAGAAUUAUUUUUAUCGAAAUCGUGUAAUACUAGCAAUUUUAUUUUUAAAUUUAUCACUAGCAAUAUGGUUUAUACAAUUAUUGCGAUAA